AUGAAGUGCUCUAUCGGCGCGAGCCAAGCCCUAGCCCUUGCUGGUCUUUCUGAUCUUGCUUGGUGUGAAAUCCAGACCAAGUGGCAUUUGAUUAUCAUCAUUCUCACGCAUUUUGAACCUACUCAAAGCUUUUCGGUGGAACAUCAACUUUUUGUCCGAGUGUCACGUUCUCCGGCUCUGGCAGAUUUCACCAUAAGAAGAGGAGGUGUUCGACCAAGUACUGAAUCUCACUCACCAUCAUUUGGUUGUUCAGCCAUAGAGCAACUACAUUCACGAAAAGCAUUGUUUUUCCCUUGA